CUUUGUCUUGCAUAAUAUUUCAUGUAAUGGGUAUGUUUCUUCUGUAUUUUCAGCUGCAGGUCUUCUAUAUAGAUUUGAAAGAUGUUUUUGUGGGACUGGUUUGCCGGCAUUUUAAAUUAUCUAGGAUUGUAUAAAAAGUCUGGUAAGCUUGUGUUCCUUGGUCUAGACAAUGCUGGAAAGACAACACUGCUUCACAUGUUAAAAGAUGACAGGAUGGCACAGCAUGUCCCCACACUCCACCCAACUUCAGAAGAAUUAUCUAUGGGAGGAAUGAGGUUCACAACCUUUGACCUUGGAGGUCAUCAACAAGCCAGAAGAGUGUGGAAGGAGUAUUUUCCAGCAGUUGAUGGUAUUGUGUUCUUAGUAGAUGUAUGCGACAGACAGAGAUUUGCUGAGGCAAAAGCAGAAUUAGAUAGUUUACUGACAGAUGAACAAGUGGCCAGUGCCCCUGUUCUUGUUCUAGGUAACAAAAUCGACAAGGCUGGUGCUGCAAGUGAAGACGAGAUUCGUCACUGGUUAGGGUUACACGGACAAACCACAGGAAAGGGAACUGUGUCCAGAAAUGAGCUUCCUGGCCGUCCAAUGGAGUUAUUUAUGUGUAGUGUUCUGAAAAGACAAGGGUAUGGGGAAGGCUUCCGCUGGCUAGCUCAGUACAUUAACUAAAUCACAUAGCACACAGCAGAGAGAAAUGGUGAACAUGGCAAGUCCAUCAAACUUUCCACAGAGAGAGAGAGACAUCAAAUUUCUUAUAUAUAAAGCUAAUGAGAUCGACAACUGGAAAAAAAAAAAGCCAGCUCCUACCAUCAGGGAGAAGGCAGCUCAUUGUGAUAAUCAUGUCAGCAAUUUUUAAUGCAUAGUUCGUCUUUUUUUUUAAACGUUUGCAAGACGACAUCGCUUUUUCCAUCUGAAGUGUUGUUAUGAAUUGCUUUUUCAUUCAAUUCCAUUGAUUCUGAAGGAAAGAAUUGUGCAAGGUAAAAAAAUUACCUUAUAAAAUGGGUGUAUAUUACAA